CUCUAUUGGUCCCAUGUGCGAUACCUUUGUUAUUGUUAUUGUAUAAAUCAUGGACGAAUUGGCUGCGCAAAGAAACUGGACUGAUGAAGAGCGCUUGGAGCUGGCAGCAAAGCUGGAUGCCGAGUUGGACGCAUUCAUCGACGGCCUGGAGAAGAAACGCUACGAGGAGGGAUGGCCAGAAGACAGGUGGCAGGAGGAGAUGGAUAAGCACCCGUUCUUCAUGAAGCGGGCGCCCCAGCCAGGUGAUGAUGUGCACCCCAUGUUUGAGGGCCUGCAGAAGCUCAAGUACGAUCCGGAGGAGAACACGCGGGACGAGUUGGCUCUAAACUACAAGGAGGACGGAAACUUUUACAUGAAGCACAAGAAAUUCCGCAUGGCGGUCUGCAGCUUUACCGAGGGCAUCAAGUCAAAGACGGAGAAUCCGGAUGUGCUGGCCGUACUGUACAACAAUCGCUCAGCAGCUCACUACUUCAUUAAGAACUACAGAUCUGCGUUGAGCGAUGCACAGCGUGCCCUCUUUUUCAAACCGGACUACACCAAAGCGCGCUGGCGAGCGGCUCAGUGUGCUCACGAGCUGGACAAGUUUGACUUGUGCAGUCAGAUGUGCGAGGAACUGCUCGAAGUGGAUGUUGACCACAAAGAGGCUAAGGCGCUGCUGCACAAAAACAAAAUGAAAAAGUUAGAGACAGAGCGCAAUCAGCGCAAGGAAGCUGCCGAAGCCAAGCGUCGCCUAAGUCGCUAUCACAGGCUGCGCGACGCCAUCGAACAGCGUUCGGUUAAGUUUGACGAUCAAAAGGCCGGUGGGAAAAAUGCCACUAUUAGCGAGGAGCUGCUGCGGCCCAAAUUCCUGCCACUUGAAGAUCACCCAGUGCACUUGGACGAGGAUGGUACAACUCUGGUGUGGCCAGCUGCUUUCUCGUACCCCGAGUUCUUGUUCAGCGACUUCCAGCAGCAGCUGCCAGAGACCGCAACCAUGCAGGAUUGCCUGGCGACGUUAUUCGCCGAACCGCUUCCCUGCGACACAACAAACAGCUAUCGACCGAACAAUGUGCAUGUGUAUUAUGAGAACCGAAAGGUGGGCUGCGUUCACAAGGUCGUCAUGGAGAAACAACUGAGCGAGAUUGUUGCCGAGAAGGGAUUCUUCGUUUCCGGUGGUGCCCUGCUUUUCUAUGUGGUGCCCAAGGACUCGCGGGUGGAACAGGAAUUUAUCCAUCAACAGCGACGACCUAUGGUCUACAGUUGAGAUGACGACGGCGAAGAAGAAAUAAAAUAAAUAACGAAAAUAAUAGCCUGAUAAA